AUGUGUGCUUUAAUAGUUAUUUUCUUGGUUGCCGUACUGGUGACGGUGGAGUCACACGAUGAAUACGAAAGUGCGUUAUUUCAAAGGACACAAUUGUUGGAAAGAGGGUUAAAUAUGAUGCUUGGAAAUGAUUUAGAAUUAAGUGAUGCUGAAGAACAGGUAAAUGAAUAUAUCAUGGAGUUAAAAAGAGACGAAGUCGACUUUGGUUUUUCGCACCCACAACAUUUCAAUUAUUCGAAACAUUUUUUUGAUUAUAAGGAUGAAGUGCAGCACACACAGCUAUUUAAAAUUAUAAAACAAAUGCCGAAAGGUGCACUGCUUCAUGCACACGAUACAGGUAUGCUAAGCCCCGAGUACGUCAUGACACUGACUUAUUUAGAAAAUCUAUACGUUUGCUUUGAAGAGGAGACGGUAAAGUUUUUAUUUGCAAGGGAGUUACCGACAUCAGAUUGUUCAACGCAAUGGCAGUUAAUGAGAGAUGCCAGAUAUUCUUCUGGGAAUGUUGAAAAAUUCGAUGAGAAUCUAAAAAAGUAUUUUACUCUCGUCAUUGAUGAUCACAGUGAUAUAUAUACGGAUAUAAACAUUGUCUGGAAACAAUUUCAAGAUUACUUUAUACGCACCACCGAUUUGUUUACAUAUGAACCUGUGUGGGAGCAAUAUUUCUACGAUACAUUAAAAGCUCUAAGAGAAGACAAUGUCAUGUAUCUUGAAAUUAGAAGUGUUCUACCUGGUCUCUAUGAUUUGGACGGCAACGUGUAUGAUGAAAUGGAAACACUUGCGUCGUACAAGAGGGUUAUAGACAGAUUUUCCAAAGACUACCCUGAUUUUUUCGGUGCAAAGAUAAUAUUUGCUCCUUUACGAUCAGUUCAACCGGAAACUGUUAAAGAAUAUUUGCAGAAAGCUAAAAUAAUGAAGAGAGAGUACGCAGGUAUUUUUGCCGGAUUCGACUUAGUGGGGCAGGAGGAUUUAGGGAGGCCAACAAAAGAUUUUCUUAAAGAAUUGAUUACUGAAGCAGAGGAUAUUGACUUUUUCUUUCACGCAGGAGAAACUAAUUGGUACGGAACGAGUUCAGAUGAGAAUUUAGUAGAUGCUAUAGUGCUCAACGCUCGCCGUAUAGGGCACGCAUUUGCUUUGAUCAAACAUCCGGUUCUGUUAGAGGAAGUUAAAAAAAGGAACAUAGCUAUAGAAGCUAACGUGAUCUCUAAUGUAGUCUUAAAGUUGGUCGAAGAUAUGAGAAAUCACCCGUUGGCUAGUUUUAUUGCUCAAGGUUUGCCUGUGGUGUUAGCUAGUGAUGACCCUGGGAUAUGGGGAGCUGAUCCAUUGUCUCUGGAUUUCUUCGUAACUUUUGUAGGAGUGGCCAGUCGACAUGCAGAUCUUCGACUUCUUAAAAAGUUAGCUUUGAAUUCUCUUUAUUAUAGCACAUACUCUAAUAAAGAUAAAAUUGUACACGAGUUUGAUAUCCGAUGGGCUAGAUUUAUUCACAACAUUCAGACAAAUCAUUUGUGA